AUGGUGGUGGUCGAGGGGGAGGUCUACUGCUCUGACUCCGACGACGACGACGACGACGACGUCGACCGCUUCGUGUUCCUCGCGCGGCAGCCCGCGCCGGCGGCUGGCCGUCACGCGGAGGACGAUCGCGGCGCGAGCUCCGAGAAUGAAGACGAGGGCGGCGACGAUGAUGAUGAUGAUGGCGACACGAUGGAGGACGAAGAAGAUUAUUCCGAGCGAGGCGGUGCGGGGAGGAAGAGGCCUCUCGGCCGGGAGAUCUUGGACGACGCCCCGCCGCCGACGAAGAAGGCCCGGGUCGGAGUGAUCGCGGUCGCGCCGGCGCUGGCGCGGACGCCACCGAGCUGUUCGGAGUUGGAGGCGGAGUCGGAGUCGGCCCCUUCGCCGUGCGAUGUGUGGGCCGGGGGGUCCGGGAGCGAGGGCAGCCACGGGAAGGCGGCGCACGAGCAUCGCGCUCGGAGAAGGGGAGGAGAAUCCAAGAACGCGGUCCAGAAGAAGCGGGGAAGGGGUCCGGGCUGCGAGGAGGAUGGCGAACGGGGGUCGCGGCUGGAUCUGACGGCGGCGGCGAAGACUGCUGGCGCGUCGCCCGCCGCAACUUCCGGGCGUUUCCUCUGCAACCUGUGCGAGAGGUGCUUUGAAAGUCACCAGGCGCUCGGAGGGCAUGUCCUCGGACACCGGAAGAAGGCCAGGAUCGCCAUUGCCGCUGCAGCGAAUCUCGACGACGACGUCGGCGAAGCCGGGCGCAUUGGUAACUGCAAAGAUGAGAAUGGGACCGCCGUGGUUGAAGUGAACGAAGAGACUGCCAGCGGCAUUGCCCAGGGCGACAAGAUGGCAGCUGUGGCGGCGCGCCGUGGAAAAGACAAUGGCGCCGGCGGCGGCCAUGGGAAGAUCAAGACUAUCGUCGCCGACGUUGCAGAACAUCGCAAGGGUGUCGACAGCCGUGGGCAUGAACAUGUCAAUGGCAAUGCUGACCUCGUCAGCAAGGGCAACGCUGUAUCAGGCGAUGAGUUCGCCAAUGGCAACUCCAGAACCCACGGCAAGACGGGGAUUGGUGCAGCGAUCCCCAACCAGAAGGUCGUCGCUGGAACAUGCCACGACGACGGUGCCAGUGGCGACGGCAACGUGAGGACGACGACGAUGUACAAGUGCAAGGUGUGUGGCACGGAGUGCCACACAGGGCGCGCGCUCGGCGGGCACAUGAGGAAGCACCGGAAGCGGCCACCACUCGGCGGCGGUGGCGGCGGAGAAGGGAGGUCGCCGAGUCCUGCGACGGACGAUGACUGCCAGAUACCUUUGGCCCGGAUGUUCGGCCCCGAGGCUGGCUUGCAGAGACAGAACAAGAUCGGGCAGGUUUGA